AUCAAGUAUUCCUCUGGAGUUGAAGUUAACUUCGGCAAUGAGUUGACACCGACUCAAGUGAAGGAUCAGCCGGUGGUGGACUGGCCGGCAGACAACAACUCCUACUACACACUAUUGAUGACAGAUCCCGACGUUCCCAGUCGUACUGACCCUAACUUAAGUGAAGGCAAACAUUGGAUUGUCAUCAAUAUUCCCGGCGCUGAUGUCAGUAAAGGGCAGACAUUGGUUGAGUACAUGGGCUCCGGCCCAUUUAAGGGAACAGGAUUUCAUAGAUAUAUAUUCGUUGUAUACAAACAGACGGAUAUUAUUAAUACUAAUGAGAAGGUUAUAUCGAAACUGACAGUCGAGGGGCGAAUGCUGUGGAAAAUCAAAGAUUUUGCUAAGCAAUACAAUUUAGGUCAACCAAUAGCUGCCAAUUUUUACCAAGCUCAGUUUGAUGAAUGGGUUCCUAUUUUUCUAAAACAGAUAGGCCUUGAUCCUGAUUCUUUUAAAUCAUAA